AUGACAGCGCAACGCGUGCUCAUCUACUUGUUACGGCGAGACCUACGACUCGUCGACAAUCCAGUCUUUCAUGAAAUCCACAAGCUAUCGCAACAGCCCCAGUGUCCCUUCAGCCAUGUCUUGCCACUUUACAUUUUCCCAGCUCAGCAGAUAGAGGUGUCGGGGUUUCUCGCCGAUCCGGACUCAAAGUCGCCAUACCCAGAGGCCCGUUCAGAGGUCGGCAGAUUCUGGCGAUGUGGUCCGCACAGAGUGAAGUUCCUUGCAGAGUCCGUUUGGGAUAUGAAGCUGCAGCUUGAGAAGGCAGGAAGCGGCCUCCUUAUCCGAGUUGGUCUGCUUGGGCAAGUCGUAGAAGACCUGUUGCGGCAAUUCCAACAGGCAGAGGAAGAAAUCUCGGUGGCAGGAGUCUGGAUGACCGAGGAGGAAGGUGUCGAGGAAAAAAGGGACGAACGUAAUGUGAGAAACGCAGCCGAGAAGUUUGGGGUUAAUUUUAGGCUGUGGCUGGACGAGAAGUAUUUCAUUGAUGACCGCGACCUUCCCUUUGAUAAACCUACAGAUCUCCCGGACAUCUUUACAAGUUACCGAAAAUCAGUGGAACCGUUGAGGGAUGCGCCACGGAAGCCUGUGCCGAAGCCGUCAUCACUGCCGCGAUUGCCAUCUCCUGUUCCCGCAACGACACAGCCCUUCUCGAUUCCUGCGACGUACGAGGGGCUGGAGUCGGCACUGAUGAAGCCUCUCAAAGACAACCCUCCGCUUCCGAAGCCGCCAUCUUUCCCAACCUCAGGAGUCAAAACUGCUCACCCCUACCAAGGAGGUACGUCUGGCGGGCUGAGACGCGUACAGUCGCUGAUCGGGUCGGGCGCUAUGACCAGAUACAAAGACACCCGCAAUGGCUUGCUUGGGACAGACUUCUCCACCAAGCUCUCGGCGUGGCUCGCACUGGGAUGCAUCACCGCCCGCCAGGUACACUUUCAACUUCUCGACUUCGAGGACGGGCGAGAUGAUCAGUACAAAGGUACCGAAGGGUACGGCAAAGGCGAGAACAAGGGUACCGCCGCUGUUCGCUUUGAGCUCUUGUGGCGAGACUAUAUGAGGCUGUGUGCCCGGAAAUUCGGCCCUCGCCUGUUCCGGCUGGAAGGGUUCCGGAACGAUACGUCUUACCCGUGGAAGACGCCAGGUACCAAAGGAAGUGGUCCCGAGGUGGCGACGAUGCUCGAGCGAUUUCUGCGGGGCACGACGGGGACAUCUCUGAUCGAUGCGAGUCAGCGCGAACUCUUCCUCACGGGAUACACCAGCAACCGAGCACGACAGAAUGUGGCAAGCUACCUGGCCAAGCAUCUGGGCGUGAACUGGAAGCUAGGGGCUGAAUGGUACGAAUGCAUGCUGACUGACUACGACGUCAGUUCCAAUUGGGGCAACUGGCAAUAUGUCGCUGGAGUGGGCAACGACCCACGGGGGGAGGCGAGAGUAUUCAAUCCGGUCAAGCAAUGUUGUGACUAUGAUCCCCAGGGCGAAUACUGCAAGGCGUGGGUCGAGGAGCUGCGCGGCCUUGACGAUCCGCAGGAGAUUUUCCAGCCGUGGAAAGUCAGCAAAGCAAGCAGGGCCGAGCUGGGACUUGCGGGCCUCGAGUCGGUUGAGUAUUCGUUGAAGAGGAUCGACUUUAAAGUCGGUGGGAAGGGCAGAGGCGGUAAUGGAGGUGUUCGUAACGGAGGCAGUAGCAGAGGGAAGGCUAAUGGAGGUGGAGAAGGCGGACGAGGGCGAGGAGGAGGUAGCUUCGGUACGAGAGGCGCAUAUCGAGGACAGGGCAAAGGCAAUCGACGUGGUGGGUUUGGUCGUCAGGGUAUUAUGGACAAAGCUGCUGGUCAAGUAGCGGCCAAUGGACAGUCGCAUUGA